AUGAUGUUCUCGGGCUUCAACGCAGACUACGAGGCGUCAUCCUCCCGCUGCAGCAGCGCGUCCCCGGCCGGGGAUAGCCUCUCUUACUACCACUCACCCGCAGACUCCUUCUCCAGCAUGGGUUCGCCUGUCAACGCGCAGGACUUCUGCACGGACCUGGCCGUCUCCAGUGCCAACUUCAUUCCCACGGUCACUGCCAUCUCGACCAGUCCGGACCUGCAGUGGCUGGUGCAGCCCGCCCUCGUCUCCUCCGUGGCCCCAUCGCAGACCAGAGCCCCUCACCCUUUCGGAGUCCCCACCCCCUCCGCUGGGGCUUACUCCAGGGCUGGCGUUGUGAAGACCAUGACAGGAGGCCGAGCGCAGAGCAUUGGCAGGAGGGGCAAGGUGGAACAGUUAUCUCCAGAAGAAGAAGAGAAAAGGAGAAUCCGAAGGGAAAGGAAUAAGAUGGCUGCAGCCAAAUGCCGCAACCGGAGGAGGGAGCUGACUGAUACACUCCAAGCGGAGACAGACCAACUAGAAGAUGAGAAGUCUGCUUUGCAGACCGAGAUUGCCAACCUGCUGAAGGAGAAGGAAAAACUAGAGUUCAUCCUGGCAGCUCACCGACCUGCCUGCAAGAUCCCUGAUGACCUGGGCUUCCCAGAAGAGAUGUCUGUGGCUUCCCUUGAUCUGACUGGGGGCCUGCCAGAGGUUGCCACCCCGGAGUCUGAAGAGGCCUUCACCCUGCCUCUCCUCAAUGACCCUGAGCCCAAGCCCUCAGUGGAACCUGUCAAGAGCAUUAGCAGCAUGGAGCUGAAGACCGAGCCCUUUGAUGACUUCCUGUUCCCAGCAUCAUCCAGGCCCAGUGGCUCUGAGACAGCCCGCUCCGUGCCAGACAUGGACCUAUCUGGGUCCUUCUAUGCAGCAGACUGGGAGCCUCUGCACAGUGGCUCCCUGGGGAUGGGGCCCAUGGCCACAGAGCUGGAGCCCCUGUGCACUCCGGUGGUCACCUGUACUCCCAGCUGCACUGCUUACACGUCUUCCUUCGUCUUCACCUACCCCGAGGCUGACUCCUUCCCCAGCUGUGCAGCUGCCCACCGCAAGGGCAGCAGCAGCAAUGAGCCUUCCUCUGACUCGCUCAGCUCACCCACGCUGCUGGCCCUGUGA